GGGCGGAGUCCGGGCGGGCGCCGGCCGAGGGAGGGGGCGCGGCGGCUUUGGAGUCCGGCGCUCCCUCAGGCCGCGGACGCGAUGCUGGUUGCUGCGGCUCGGGUGGCGGGGCUGGCGGGGAUGUGACGGGCGGCCCUUCGUCUCACCUUCCGUCCUCGGGCCCGCAGGUCGCUGGGCGGCCUGGAGCUGGGCCGCGGCCGAGGAGGCAGCGCGACCUGCGCACGAUUCUAUCAACUUUUAAGAACAAAUGCACCUUAUAGCUCAUGGAAGAAAAAACACAAAUCAAGACAUUUUUGGGUUCCAAGUUGCCAAAGUAUGGAACAAAAUCUGUAAGAAGUACAUUGCAGCCAAUGCCAAAUGGGACACCUGUUAACUUAUUAGGAACUUCCAAGAAUAGUAAUGUCAAAAGUUACAUAAAAAAUAAUGGCUCUGAUGGUCCAUCAUCUCAUUCAUUUAAUUGGAGGAAAGCAAAUAAAUAUCAACUUUGUGCACAAGGUGCCGAAGAGCCUAACAAUACUCCAAAUUCACAUGAUAAAAUAAUUGAUCCUGAAAAACGUGUUCCUACUCAAGGAAUGUUUGAUAAAAAUGGGAUAAAGGGAGGUUUGAAAAGUGUUUCUUUAUUCACAUCAAAGUUAGCAAAGCCAUCCACUAUGUUUGUGUCAUCUACAGAGGAGCUAAACCAAAAGUCUUUUUCUGGACCGUCUAAUUUGGGUAAAUUCACCAAAGGCACAUUAUUAGGAAGGACUUCAUAUUCUUCGGUCAGUACUCCAAAAUCACAGUUGAAUGGAUUUUAUGGAAACCGGUCAGCUGGUAGCAUGCAAAGGCCUAGAGCGAACUCCUGUGCCACCAGAAGCAGUUCUGGAGAAAGCUUAGCUCAAUCCCCAGACAGUAGUAAAUCUAUUAAUUGUGAAAAAAUGGUAAGGUCGCAAAGUUUUUCACAUUCCAUUCAGAAUUCAUUCCUUCCACCUUCAUCUAUAACCAGAUCACAUUCCUUUAAUAGAGCUGUGGAUCUUACAAAGCCUUAUCAGAACCAACAGCUAUCCAUUAGAGUGCCUCUACGGUCAAGUAUGCUAACAAGAAAUUCCCGGCAGCCAGAAGUACUCAAUGGGAAUGAACAUUUGGGGUAUGGAUUUAAUAGGCCUUAUGCUGCUGGUGGAAAGAAGUUGGCUUUACCAAAUGGCCCAGGUGUAACUUCUACUUUAGGUUAUAGAAUGGUUCAUCCCUCUCUACUGAAAUCUAGCCGAUCUCCAUUUUCUGGGACUAUGACAGUUGAUGGAAAUAAAAAUUCACCUGCUGACACAUGUGUAGAGGAAGAUGCUACAGUUUUGGCUAAGGACAGAGCUGCUAAUAAGGACCAAGAACUGAUUGAAAAUGAAAGUUACAGAACAAAAAACAACCAGACCAUGAAACAUGAUGCUAAAAUUAGAUACCUGAGUUCUGAUGAUGUGGAUGACAUUUCCUUGUCAUCUUUGUCAUCUUCUGAUAAGAAUGAUUUAAGUGAAGACUUUAGUGAUGAUUUUAUAGAUAUAGAAGACUCCAACAGAACUAGAAUAACUCCAGAGGAAAUGUCUCUCAAAGAAGAGAAACAUGAAAAUGGGCCACCACAGGAUAUAUUUGAUUCCCCCAAGGAAAAUGAAAAAGCCUUCAGUAAAACUGAUGAAUGGAUAGAUAUAAGUGUCUCUGACAGGAGUGAAUGUACAAAACAUACUUCUGGGAAUAAUUUGGUUUCACCAGAUACAGACUACAGAGCUGGUUCUUCGUUUGAACUCUCUCCAUCUGAUAGCUCUGAUGGAACAUACAUGUGGGAUGAAGAAGGCUUGGAACCCAUUGGAAAUGUCCAUCCAGUUGGGAGCUAUGAGUCCUCUGAAAUGAACAGCAUAGAUAUUUUGAAUAAUCUUGAAUCAUGUGACCUUGAGGAUGAUGAUCUUAUGCUUGAUGUGGAUCUGCCUGAGGAUGCACCUCUUGAAAAUGUGGAGUGUGACAAUAUGAACCGCUUUGACCGACCAGACAGAAAUGUUCGGCAGCCUCAGGAAGGUUUUUGGAAAAGGCCACCCCAGAGGUGGAGUGGACAGGAGCAUUACCACCUCAGCCACCCUGACCACUAUCAUCACCAUGGAAAAAGUGACUUGAGCAGAGGCUCUCCCUAUAGAGAAUCUCCUUUGGGUCAUUUUGAAAGCUAUGGAGGGAUGCCCUUUUUCCAGGCUCAGAAGAUGUUUGUUGAUGUACCAGAAAAUACAGUGAUACUGGAUGAGAUGACCCUUCGGCACAUGGUUCAGGAUUGCACUGCUGUAAAAACUCAGUUACUCAAACUGAAACGUCUCCUGCAUCAGCAUGAUGGAAGUGGUUCAUUGCAUGAUAUUCAACUGUCAUUGCCAUCCAGUCCAGAACCAGAAGAUGGUGAUAAAGUAUAUAAGAAUGAAGAUUUAUUAAAUGAAAUAAAACAACUUAAAGAGGAAAUAAAGAAAAAAGAUGAAAAGAUCCAACUAUUAGAACUUCAGCUUGCAACUCAGCAUAUCUGCCACCAAAAAUGUAAAGAGGAAAAAUGCACUUAUGCUGAUAAAUAUACCCAAACACCCUGGAGACGAAUUCCUGGUGGGUAUUCUGCUCCCUCCUUCUCUCCUUGGCAGGGCUCCUUCCAGGGGAUCCCACGGACUGUUCCACCGCACCGCAGACAGAGUGAGUCUGUGUCUCUCACUCCUAUCCUGCUCUGGCUUCCCCUUCAUGGAGUUGAGAAGUUAGUCCAUUACUUCUCUGACAAAGCGUGCCUCAAGUACUACAGCCUUCCAGCAGCCUUCCCAGACCCACAGACCACACCCAGGGAAAACUAAUAAAGCCACAACACAUCGAGGCCCGCAGUGAAUGCGCAAUCCAAGACAUGCAUCAGGGCAUUGCACAUCCGGAAGAAAGCUUUACACACAUCUUGCAACAAGAAAGCAACUAUGGUUUGGAAGAGCAGCCUUUUUCAUCAGGCCCACAAUUAACAAUGGAUGUGGCUAAAAGUACACCUUCUGAAGCAAACUUAAACAUUACUGUAAAUGCUCAAGAGCCUUAUCAUUUGGCAAACAAUCAAAUUAGUGACAUGCAGUUUAUACCCACUUCUCUUCAGACACCUCCCGAGUCAAGUACAGUAGACCAGGCUAAGAGAGUUGGAAGAAAUCAGUCUCCGCCAGUGGGUUAUAUGUCUCAGCCCAAGUCCUUGCAGCUUUUAAAGCCAUCCAUAUUGAGUUCUUUGGUACCGCCUCCAGUUUCUGAAUCAUCUCCAAGUAGGACUCCCACUUGUAAAAAGUCACCAAUAAUCACAACAUGUAAUUCAGCAAAACAUCAGCCAACAUCUAGUCAAACAAAUCUUGCAAAUAAUCAGAAUUUGAAAGCAUCUAAGCUCCGCCCCCCCUCAGGCUCUUUCAAACAAAAACAAGCAAACAACCCCCAACUAGAGCCUCAAAGCUUCCAGGCCAAGACAAGCAUCCCAAGGCCACUAACACAACGAAAAGAGAUCAUGCAGAAUCCAAAUGGCAAUUUGCAUUCUGGGGAUUGUUUGGCCUCUAAUCGAUAUUCUCGUCUUCCUAAACCAAAGAUACAUUAAGUACAUAGCCAUCACCUGCCAAUUUGUUUCUUAAAAACAAUCUCUUCUGUAAUAGCUUUAUGUGCAGCUUGCAGCUUGCUACCGUGGUGGAGGUUCCAUUGAAAGCCUGCAAAUCUUAAAUUAAAAUGUAGAAGCUUCUACUAGUUUGGCUCCUUCAUUUUAUAUCCUGGUUGAAGUACAUGCCAUUUGAGCAUAAUUAUCUCAGGUAAACACGAAAGUUUGCUUACCCAUUUCAGAGGCCUGCCAAAGGCCCAAAUCAUGUUAUCCAUCCCUCUCCAGAAAAUUCAUAAUAUUUUACUGAGCAGGCAAGAAGUGUGCUUUGCUGGUUUAGUCCUGUUAAGGUCUGUAUUUAUUGUGGUUGUCAGAACCUCACCACUUUUCACUUGUCUCUUCUGUGUAUAUGGCUACUAUUUUAACUAAAGAUAUGGUGAUAAUGGAGGAUGGUAGUCUGUAAGCAGAGUUCUGGCCAGUGUUUUGUAUAUUUAAAAGGUCUAUGCAAAGCUUUGUGAUGAAUAAAGGAGAUUAGGCUUUUAAUGGAAAGUCUAUGUAAGUUUUAUUUUUCCUUGCCAGGGUCAGUCAGCUAAUGUUACUGUUGAUUCAUUUCCCAAAUUCCCCAGGCUGAAAAUGUUUCUUAUUACAUAUAAAUCAGUUAUAUAUUCCUUUACAUCUUGUUUUACAAACACAUGUGCAUGUACACACACAUAUACACAUACAUACCAUUUAUGUUUGUAUUUGUUACUGGGUAAAUUUUGGAGAGCUUGAGAUACACCUUGAAGCCUGUACCUAAAGAUGUAUUCAUUUGUAACAUAUGUUGGUGCUAGAGUUUUGCUGGUAAUUCAGUUUUGAACCCUUAGGCUUAUGGAUCCAUGAUAGCCAUUUUAAGGUUCCACAGCAUUAUAUCUUUAAUUGUAAUAUUUAUAUUUAUUGAUUUUCUGCUGAUAUCUGAAGACUGAAAUAAUGAACUUGAAACAUUUGCACAAAACUUUGAUGGGGUAUAAAUAUACCAUAUAUAGGGAUUGUAAACUAUUUUCUAUAGCAAAACAAGUUAAAAUAUUUUGAGAAAAAGAACAAAUUUAAAUAAGACUAUCUUGAGAAAGCUGGAGUUCAUAAUAUUCUCCCCCUCCCCCACCUCCAGUCUCCUAGGUUUCCCUUUUCUGUGGUUUUUGUUUUUUUCUGUUUGUUUUUUGAGGCAGAGUCUUGCUCCAUUGCCCAGGCUGAAGUGCAGUAGCACAGUCUUGGCUCACUGCAACCUCUGCCUCCCGGGUUCAAGCGAUUCUCCUUCCUCAGCCUCCUGAGUAGCUGGGACUACAGGCAUGUGCCACCAUGCCUGGCUAAUUUUUUUGUAUUUUUAGUAGAGAUGAGGUUUCACCUUGUUGGUCAGGCUGGUCUCGAACUCCUGACCUCAGAUGAUCCACCCACCUCGUCUAUGGUGUAUUUUUGAAAGACAAUUUUUUAAAGGUAGAUUUGGGAAAAAAAUAGAAUUGAAGAUGGGAAAUUUUGUUUUAUUAAAAAGGUGCUAGAAGGUAUUUCAAAGACAAUAUUCUUAUUUUAAUACGCUGUAGAAGGUAGGUGUGGAACCUCCAUGCUACUAUGUGCACGAACCUAAUUAUGCUUUGGGCCACUUGUCAGUUCAGUAAAUCUGCCUUCCUCUUCUCCCAAAUCGUGUCAUCUUUAGGUUGUUCACCUGCAGCUGCUUUAAAUUAAUUAAUAUCUUUCAGAUAGAUAACCUUAUAAGGAGAAUGUUUGUUUUGAGCAGCUGACCAAAAAUGUAUCAAACAGGAUUAUGGCCAGAAAGUCACUCAAAUUUCUAGAGGUUCCUUUAAAAGAUGUAUGUUGAUGAAAUUGCCCCUUUAUGAGAAAAACAACAGCAAGUCUUUUAGUAGAAAUUUGAAAGAAGUGUUUGCUACCAUUUUGACCCAUUAUUCCCUUACCUAUCAGAUGAAUUUGCCAUUCACUGGAUAGAAACCAUUCUUGGAUUUGGUAAGAGGUGAGCAAGACAAACCUUGUAUCAUACUCUUAUGUACCAGCACUUCUGAUGGAGAAGCAGAGAAGUUCAGAACGUUCUUCACAUAGUCCAGAUACUGUUAGAGUCAGGCAAAUCAGCAAAGCACUUAUUUGUUUAUGGAGAUGACCCAUGAUGGCUGCAGUUGUAAGUGGGCAUACCUGUUCUAUCAUUUUGAAGGAGAAAGAAAAGCGUUCUCACGUGUUGCAAAUAUGUGAAUCAUACUAUAUUCCCCUAAAGUAAAACCAGUGACUUAGUGGUUUUUGGUUUAUUUAGAAGUUGGUUUAGACGCUUAUGAAACAUUAUUUACGAGUUGGCCUUAUCCUUAAGGGAAAAGUUUGAAAUUUUUAAAUUUAUUUUUAAUUCCCUAGUCUGAGGGAAAUGUCUUUAUUAUCCAUUACAUAAAAAUGUUGACUCCAGUAAUUUAUUUUUCUCCAUUUUUUCCUCCAUGUAUUUACUCCAUUUUUCUCUAUUUUUUUCUUCCCUGAUGGAUUUGCAGAAAUGUUAACCAAUUAGCUCAACUUUUCUCUACCUUUGUUGAGUCUUAAUCUUUUAGAAGAUAGGCUCAUCGUAUAUUUAUGAAGCAUAAUAUAUUAAAAGAAAACAAAUCUAGGAUGCUUGCAUGACAUAAAGUAUUUGCCUGCAGUUUUCAUUAAAAACUGCAAGAAUAUCAUGCUUGUCUGCUUCUUAGUAAAUGUUAAGUCUGAAAUGGAAGUGAGGAUGUAACUCUACUGAAUAAUCAAAGAUCAUCUUAGAUUUGGCUUGAUCUGUGUUUAUUGCUUCUAUUAAUGUAAAUCAACUCUGUGCCAAAUCCUCCUCCACAGGAACACAAACCAUUUAUUGUCUUAGUUCUAGUGGUAUCAAUGAAGAUAGUUACAGUAUAUGAAUUCUAAGUCCUGAGGAAGAAAUUUUAUGGGGUUUAAGUUUCACAUUUGUGUAAGAGGAAAUUAGUAGAGUAUUCAGACUUUGAUAUUUGGCUGUUAAUGGGAUGCAUAUCAAAUUUUUAAAAGAAAGCUUGGCCUAAGGAGUUUAUUGGUACAGGUGCAGAUGAUUUUAAGGCAUUAAAGGAUUAUAGAGUUGUGUCAUUUAGACUGUUUCUAAUAACUGAGACCAUCUAACAUUUUUCUUUUGGAGUCUCAUUUUUAUUUGUGCAAUAUUUUCAGGCAUAUAGGCUACUGUUCAUUGUAUUUAUAUAUAUAUAUUAGAGUUUACUAAGUACUUUAACAAGUAAAAAUCUGAAUAUGAAAGAAAAUAUCAGAUUUGCACUUUAAAUGAGCUUAAUUGCUUGAAGUUGUGCCUGAAAUAUCGAAAUGCCUCCUAUUGGGUGUGGCUUUGUUGAAAUAAAUUUGUAAUUGUUGCUGUUUGAAGAUAUCAGUACAGCUGUUCACAGAAAUAUAUUCCCAGCAUGUCACUGUUCCCAUUAAAGCACUAAGUUUUCUUUGAAUGUUCCAUUGUCCUGAUAAGUAUUUUACUUUUUUCUCAGUACAUCAAAGAGAGCGUGAUCCCCCUACAGCUGUCACUUCCAAAUGUUUCUGUAGCAUAAAUGGUGUUACAGACACUGGGGUGCACUCUUGGUUUCUGAGCAGAGUUGUCAUACUGGUUUCCUGGUCUCUAGAGCACUGGGGAUGUACUUUGAAAUCACCAAACAGGCUUGCAAUUAAGAUCAGUAAGGCUGCAGCAGCAUUUCAAUUUACUUUCCAUCUUACACAGUAGUUUUUGUGUUUUUAAAUUCGUUUGGGUGGUUAUGUUUGCAUGCUUAAGCACACAUUUGAAAAUUAAUUACAGCUGUACUACCCAAUGUUUUUCCUUGGGGAUAAUGGCCUUGUUCCUUUUUAAAUUCUGGUGCUUGAAUUCUAUUUUCUAAUGAUCUUUCACAUCCCCCUUUAAGUUUUUGCUGCAGCAAUUUGAGAGAGUACUUUUGAUUAAAUAAUUCUGAUGGUGGGCACCAAUCUACAACUAUGUCAUUAACUGAAGAUACAUGUUUUAAUCUUGUUGGGAAUAAGCUUACCCACUUUCUCCUUGGUAAAGCAUUUACUUAACAAAAUAAUACCCGAGAAUGUAAGGUCUCUAAGUCAUUACUAACAAAGAGCAAAAAUAAUAUCUGCAGUAUUGUUUUUCCCAUUGAUUUUAAAAGUCAGUUUAGAGUACAAACUGUAUAUUAGAAUUUGCCUGUAAAAUGAAUUCUAAAAAACAGAUGUAAAGUCUCUCCUGAAAAUGUUGGCAUAGUAAAUAAAAAUAAAGUCAUAAUUAUAAAA